CUGGUCCGUAGCCACGAUGGAUGCAACACCAUGCCUCCUGCUCGUCCUCCUGCUCGGGACAGGGAUUGAAGUAAACAGCGUCCUCCAGUGUUACUGUGACCGCUGCAGCGCAAAUUCCAGCUGCACGACAGAUGGUGUCUGCUUCGCCGCCAUGCGCCAGUCCGGCAGCCGAUUUACCACCGAGCAGCGCCAGUGUGUACAAGAAAAUGAACUGUUCCCGCGAGACCGGCCCUUCAUCUGUGCCCCGUCCGUUAAACAUGACACGGGUAUUUACCCAAUAUGCUGUACCACGGACUACUGCAACAAAGAUCCUAACUUCAAAUUGUUCCCUGUCCCUACAGAAUCGCCUCCUCCCCUGGGCCCUGUGGCCCUUGCAGCGGUGAUCGCAGGCCCAGUGUGUGUUCUCUGCCUGCUGCUUGUUGUGGCAUUUUAUGUUUGCCACAGCCACAGGGGUCUGGGAGCCGGGGGCGCGGCCCACCAUCACCACCACCACCGUGUCCCUAAUGAAGAAGAUCCCUCCAUGGACCAUCCCUUCAUCACUGUUGGAACGACACUGAAGGACCUCAUCUACGACAUGACCACCUCUGGAUCUGGAUCAGGUCUUCCACUGCUGGUCCAGAGGACCAUCGCCAGAACCAUUAUCCUACAGGAGAGCAUUGGUAAAGGGCGUUUUGGAGAGGUGUGGAGGGGCAAGUGGCGUGGCGAGGAGGUGGCCGUGAAGAUUUUCUCCUCCCGGGAGGAGCGCUCCUGGUUCCGUGAGGCUGAGAUCUACCAGACUGUGAUGCUAAGACAUGAGAACAUUCUUGGCUUCAUUGCUGCUGACAACAAAGAUAACGGGACUUGGACUCAGCUGUGGCUGGUGUCGGACUACCAUGAACACGGCUCGCUGUUUGACUACCUGAACCGCUACACUGUCACUGUGGAGGGCAUGAUCAAACUCUCUCUGUCCACAGCCAGCGGCCUCGCUCACCUCCACAUGGAGAUCGUGGGAACACAAGGUAAACCAGCGAUAGCCCACAGGGACCUGAAGUCAAAGAACAUUCUAGUGAAGAAGAAUGGUACCUGCUGCAUCGCUGACCUGGGUCUCGCUGUCCGCCAUGACUCAGCCACUGACACCAUUGAUAUCGCUCCAAACCACAGAGUGGGAACCAAAAGGUAUAUGGCUCCAGAGGUCCUGGACGACUCCAUAAACAUGAAACACUUUGAGUCUUUCAAGCGGGCCGACAUCUACGCCAUGGGACUGGUCUUCUGGGAGAUCGCCAGCCGCUGCUCCAUGGGAGGCAUCCAUGAGGACUACCAACUGCCCUACUACGACCUGGUUCAGUCAGAUCCAUCAGUGGAGGAGAUGAGGAAGGUGGUUUGUGAGCAGAAGCUUCGGCCCAACAUUCCUAACCGCUGGCAGAGCUGUGAGGCCCUGCGGGUGAUGGCAAAGAUAAUGAGGGAGUGUUGGUAUGCCAACGGUGCAGCCCGACUAACCGCGCUCCGGAUCAAGAAAACCCUGUCCCAGCUCAGCCAACAGGAGGGAAUCAAGAUGUAGAUGCAGCCACCAAACAUACAUAUACAUACACGUCUUUGACUGGCAUUCAUAUCUUUAGCGCAACAGCAUUAUUAUCUUUAAUAUUAUUCAUCGAUUCUUCCUCCACUUGUGUUUGAAGGGAAGUGAAGAAUAUUUUCCAGCUUGUGCUCUUAUUUUCCGAAAACCCAUUUCAUUCAUUGAUAACCCGAUAGAUCCUGCAUCUGAAACUCAGGGACCAUUUGUGUGUGUCUGUGUUGCAUUGGGCUGACAUGCACACACGAAUGGCUGGAUCGAUGGAUGGAUGGAUUGAUGAUAGACAGAUCAGAUGGUUGUUUCUGAAGCAGAUUAAGGAGUCAAAGGAACCCUCAACUCAUUCUCCAUGUUAAUUCACUACAUUCAUCACAAGAAGUCUUUCAAAGACCCCUUAAAGGCAACUGGUGUCCCGCUCAACUCCAGCCUCUACCGCUCAUACACCCCCAGCCAAUUAGAGCUCACACCUCCUCAGCUAAGCUCAAGCCCAGACAGGGAGGACUCUUCAGUGGGGCUGCAGGUAACAAUAAUAAUGUAAUACUAUGCACAACUGAUUGAACAAAAGAAAAUCAGUGAAUAUCUAUGUCUUUUUAUAAUAAUGUUAAGCUAAAGAAACUACUUUGGAGAAACAUUUCCCAAUUUAACGAGUUAUACUACUCAUUUUUAUGCUAAAAUAAACAGAUGUUGAUCAGGAAUCCUCUCGCUGCAAACAGUGACUCGGCCAUGAUCAAUCUAGAUCAUCAAGAUUCGGCAGUUUGUCAUGUGAAGUUGUUUGCAGCCCUACUCUUGGGUCAUGUUACAGUAGCUAUGGGGACUGAAGCAAGGAAUCAUGGUACUGUGUGUGCGCUGCUCUAUGGGGUCCACACAAAUACACGUCGCCUUCUUCUAGUUGAGUUGUAAAAGCAGAAUCUCUCAUCUUUGCAAGAAUUUUCACCUGUUUUUACUUCUGUUAUUGUGUUUCCCCGUCUCCCAUCAUGUUGUCAGGGAGUCGGAUAGGUCAGUUUAAUUUAUUGUAUUUCUUUUUUAUUUUCUUUUUGGUGGCAGGGGAUCUUUUGCAAAACCUAACAGGACAUGAUGACCUCAUUCAUUUUUGGCGAACAUGCUGCAACAUAUGCAAUUUACAGUAGAUUAAUCAGUCUAUUUUCUAUACUCUGCUAAACCACAAACACCAAGAACAACAACAACAAUCAGCUGCCACCAUGCCUGCCAAGCCAGCUGUUACCGGAAACUGCAGUGCUUUAAAAACCCAACUCCUCUCAUGUCGGCUGCCGUGGAGUCAGUGUGCUGGAGUGUAUGCAGCUCUUUGCGAGUGUGUGUCAGAGGAGGCCUGCCGAGCACUGCAAGCUCGUACUAUGCACACCCAAGAAUAGGGAUGGAAAGCAAGAACGGAAACGCUGCACUUCACAACACCCACGGCACAGCCGGCACCCUGGUGCCAUUUCGUCAAACCCACACCUCCCCCACCCUCUGACACCUGAACACCUCAGCAACAACUCAUUUUACAGCUUCUCUUCUCAGCGGACUGAGUCUGGAAACUAAGCUCCAGCACCUCAAACUGUGUUAAGUUGGGAAAACUUCGCCACAAAAAGCUCACGGCGAUUUUCAAAAAGAGACACAAAGACUUGUAAGCAUUACUGUUGUCGCCCUAUAAAUGUAAACUCUUGGAUUUCUGAUUUGUUUUCACGUGUGUGCGCCGCUGACCGCGCAGUAGCACGAAUCAACCUUUUUAAAAGGUUUCUUUCUCUGUAGGAUAAUCCACAACAAAAAAAAAUCAGUGAGGUACAUUCAUUUAAAUAUAGCAAAUGGAUAAUUACUAAGCCAUAGGUUUUCCAGGUGUAUGUUUUUUUUUUGUGGCAAGUUGUUUUUCUACUAGAAUGUACAUUUACGAAAAACAAAAGAUGAAAAAAACUAUGAACAAUUAUGUCAUUUCAGUUUAGCAAGCCUUAAGGGACCAACGCAGAGGAGUCAGGAUCUGCUCUUAUUCUUUUCUUUGUUUUUGUUUUGUUCUGUCUUUUGAGAUAAAUACACUAUCUUUAUCAUAGGGAGCAAUGAUACAUGAUUUUCUUUUGUUCUAUCAGUUGUAAAGAUAGUGUCAUGAUUCUAUCUAAAGGAUAAAAAAAAUAUAAUGUAGCAUCUAAUUUCAUAGUUUAGUUUGUUUUGUCCUGUUGCCAAAAUUGCCAUACAUCUAAACCCAUUCUCUUAAUUUACAGAUUAACUUGUGUUACUUCUGAAACAUACUUUGUUAUCAUCAUUACAGUUAGAUACAUAAAGUAUUAAAAGGUCAAAAAUGAAUACAUCCAGUGCAUGAGAUCUGCCAGUUUCAAAAAAAUCCCACAGUCCCUUGAUUGUUCAGCAAUAAGUGCACUUCUGAACCACUUGAGGGUUUACCUGUGUGGCAGUUUGGAUGUUGGUAAGUUUGUCUUGUCUUCAUUGUUUUUCUGACAGUAUGGAUACAUAACCUAUUGAUGUGCUGCUAAUAAGUUGUCCACCUCGCUUUUUCCAAGUCGAGGUGAGGGCUGCCGUUGGGUGUAAAUAUCCUCAAAUUGCCUAAAUCUGCUCAUUCUGUGCCAUGUUGCUCGGAUGCACAUCCAGCACAUUUGUCAUUUGUUAGGCAGUCCUCUCAAAGAUUUGCCGAUGUGUGUCGACGCAGUGUUUGCAGUCGCGGUUUCCUGAAGAGUGGAGAGUCCACCUCUCUCACUGCAGCAGCUUAUUCCACUGAUGAGCUCUCUCAAAGUGCACAUCAGUUCAAUCAGCUGCUGUUUGGUGAAACGCUGCAGCCUCCAUUGACCAUGUCUGAAAACCACCGUGCCAAUCUUUCAAUGGGGUUCACAGGAGCUUUUUCUCUACACUUUGAGGCCCGAACAGUUGAAAAUGCAUCUAGAGACAGUUUUCCUUAGUUUGGACGAUCCCAUGCAAAAGCAAGGAAAUCUUUUUUUCCAGAAUCAAGUACUUUUACUUUUUAAAACCCAUAUUAGUGGCUUUUGUAGCAACUGAUCAUGUAAUAACAUACAUAAUACAAGUCUAAAUUGAAAAAAUAGUUUUAAUAAAAAUCUAAAAUAGACAGGUCCAGUCUAAGUAGACUAAGUUUUUAAACUGGUUACUGCAACUCCAAGUCCAAUGAAAACAACUAGUAUGUCUCUCAAUCCAACAAAUACCUCCCCCCAAUGAAAGGAAUGUGUUGGAAAUAUAACAUAAAAAAGGAAGUGUUCUGAUACCCUAAAUAAUUUAUGUUGUGCCUUUGGGCAACCAUAUGUUCACAAUAGAUUAUCUAUGAAUUUGGAACUAUAAUAGAUAAUUAAUUUAAUAACCGUGGAUUCUGAGUUCUUCGCAGUUUUGAAGUUGCCAAAAUUCAGUGAGCUUUAUCUGCUAAGGAAGACUGUGUAGUAGAAAUGAAAAAGUAGUUUUUUAGUGGAGGUUUAUAUUGCUCGUCAUUUCUAAAGAAAAAACUAAAAUUUACUAAAAUAUCCAAUGCCAUUGUAAAAAUUACAUCUUCAGUUGCUACAGGUUUUAUUCAGUAAUUCCUUUGUUAUCCUUGAAAAAAUCGUUGAAAAUCCAGUUUGACAAACAGCAGUGCAGGUGUGACAUACCCACCUGUGUACCACUGCUUUGAGUCGCUGUGAAUUCCUAAAUAUCUAGAAAGGUUCAGCAGUGGCAGAAGGGACUUAGACAUCCUUGUAAAUACCUUGUGGAGUAGACAACAGAAGAAAGCUAUCCUAAUAUUUGAAGAAAGUAAAGUGGAUAUUGCUGCUAUAUUAAAUACAAAAAGGGUGACAAACUAUGCUGAAUUAAAUGUUCAAUGUUUAAAAUAGUUGGUCAACUGGGCCUUGCCAGGCGAAACCAGGGCCAAUUCUUCUUCUUUCUAAUCCGUGCGGGUGGCGGGGAGGGAUUAGUGGUGGUACAGGAAACCCUACAUUUUAAAUCUCUACCUUCCCUUUAAGAAAGCCCUGGCUUGUCCUACUGGGCCACUGUCUGAGAUUGAACCUGUACAUUAUGUGUAUUCCAUUUCAAUGUCAUUCUCUGGGACGUUAGAAACAACAAUAGCUCAACUCAACAGCACCUCUGGUAUGCCUCUACUCGGACAACCUUCAUUCUGUCUUAAAGUCACCAGCAGCCUUGUACUUUUUCUUUUUCAAAACCCAAGAUGACUUAACUGUAAAAAGAUGUUUUCAGCCAAUUGUUGUUCCUCUUGUGGUCUUUCUACAGCAGUCGUUCUCUCUUUUAUUCUAUCUUGCCUUUCUCUCUUGUCAUUCAGUGUUGUCUUACAGACAGAUGUGUCAUUGCUACAAGGGCCACUUGAUUGCAGUCACCUCUCUUGCCUCACAGCUCCAUGAUGGCUGAAGCAACUCGCAUCCAUCCCUACCAAAUUUGAGUCCCUUGUCCCUCUGAACUCGGGGCGUGCUUGAAACUAACCAGUUUAUAUGACGCAAUGAACUGCACAGAUUUCCAGAAACUCUCUCCUUUAAGGCAUUCAUGGUGUUUGCCCUCAGUUCUACACAAGACAAGAGACAGAGGAGUCACCUGAAACCGUCUCACCUCCAGGCUGCAUAUUCCUCAACUUGUUAGGUUUGGAAAGUUCAGAAACCCGUCAGACACAGCCCAGAUUACCAUCCUGCUUUUAGUAGUAAAUCAAUAUUGCGUAAGCAUUAUGAGAUUGGAUUGUUAGGAGGAAAAAACAAGGUGAAUACAAAAUUGAUGCUGCAGAAUCUGAGGUAUUAUCUUUUUAAUCCCACACAGUUUUCUACUUUUUCUACAAAAUCUGGUGCCUACAUUGACCACAAUGCAACUCAACCAGGAACAGUUGAAUCAGAAAUUUGAGCGUGUCAUGCUAGAAGCAGAUAAUCUAGCAUUUAGCUUCAAGCAGGGAAGACGAGGAAGUAAGGUGGUCUGGUAAACUCAAUUCUCUUUCAGGUUGAUUGAAGAAGGGCUGCAUCCAACACAAUGUAGUUUGUAGGUUACUGAUCACGUCAGUUUGACCAACAACAUGAAUGUCUUCCAGGAGAGAUUUUCUUAAGUGUGCUUCUUAAUUUAUAUGUGAAAGCAGAGUUUACAGGCUGCAGGAAAUGUCUGGAAACUUGUGUAGACAUGGCUGAUCAUUUUGUUCAAGCUUGUUUCGAGCAUGCAUUGACCUUCGGGGUCCUUUUGUCAUUGGGGUUAAAACUGUAAAACAGUUCAAACAGUCCACAAUUGGGUUGUUAUUUGGAUUUUACUGUUUUGCUUGGUUAUUUCAAUCACUAAACCAUUAGAAAAUUUACAAAGAAAUCCCACUGUACCUCCCAUUUGUGAAUCUCACCCCAUCGUUCUCUAGCUCAGAUUAAGGGGUGGGGGGGGGGGGGCACUGUACACUGCUGAUAUGCUGUGUCCAUAUAAUUUCAAACCUCAGUACCCUGAACAACACAAGCAAAGGUCAUGAGUGGGAGAAGUGCCAUGGCUGAGCUGUUUAGUGACUCAAACCCAGACAAAUAUGCAGCCUGCUCGUGCAUCACUUUGUGACUGAGAAAGGUAGAAAACAAAGAGUAUUCUUCCGCUCUGUGAACAUGGAUGGAGGGACCAUGACGGAGAGGUUAUCAUGAACUAUGCCAGCAGCUCUACCGCUUCAAACCACGCACUGAGAAAUUCCCACAGCUGUGAAUGUAUCAGACCUCUCAGAGCAAACAACCGAUCUGAGCACAACCUGCAUAGCUCAACCCAAAGGUCGUGGCAGCAACGUAGUGAGCAUUGCAAAUAUCCGCCACACGCACGGGUCUGUUUCUACGUCUCUGCCUCUCGUUAUGCAAAGUCUGGGCAAAACAUGUUUGCCCACUCAGUCCCCCUGGGUCACCAGGAUGAAUGACCUAACUAUGCUCGUAUGAUCCACACACUGUGAAGAGGUCCGUGUUAGGGUCAAAAGGUGGGACCGCUCACCUUUCGUGGUUUCCCUCUAUAGUCUCGGCAAAGGUCUGAACACCUCAGUGCAGUGCUCAAAAGCCAGGGAAGUGUUAUAGGUCGAUGUGAAGAGGGGUUUGGGUCACUAAAGGGCUCAGGCUCUGCUCAGUCAAAGAAGUUUGCUUCUCCAUUUGGUUGCUGCUGUGAGGCCUUUGUGGCAACAAGGUUGGCAGAAAGCUUUAUCAUGUUUUAUUUGGUGCCUAAGUUUGACAAGACUUAUUUUUUACCUUCCACUUUGAAUGACAAGACUGCAUGUGAUUGUGUCUGCAUUGAUGUCUGCAUUAUCUGCUUUAUAGAUAUCAUCCAAAAGCUGAGAUCCUUAAAAAGCAUAGUUAACAUUUUGAAAAGGUCACUUAAUUGAAAAGAAAAUACCUCCUUUUAAAGACCAAUGUGUUUUACCUCACUGUAAAUGUAUAUUCUUGAUUUGUUUACUCCAAGUUUGCAAUUUAUCUUUCUCUUUUGUUUCUAUGAAAUGCUUAAAAAAGUUGAAGAAGAAAAUUUGUUUUUCUUUUCAAUUGUACUUUUUUGUCAAAUGGCAUUGUAUUGUGUUUGUGUUGUGCCCAAGCAGUAUACUAUUCCUCUUUUACCAUGCUCUGUAUAUGACCUGUUGGUUGUGUUCUGCGUGAGCUGUACAGUCAAAGCGCUUUACAAAUGUCCAAGCCCCCUUCUGAGCUCUGGUUUAAAAAAAAAAAAAAUGCCUUGUUCAAUAUAUUCUUUUGUUUAACGAGAAAAAAAAAAAUUUGAAAAAGAAGAGUCAACGUGGAGGUGGAGGAGGCUGGAAGUUAGGGGAAGGACUGUAUACCCCUUGACAACGGUCACACUCCUCGCCCCACAAUCCUCUUGGAUUUCUAAACAUAUUAUAAUCUUGACUUUUUUUAUAUAGUAUGUACAGAUGAAUGAGAGAUCAGCAUAGGAACUAGAGGAUUGACACUUAUGUUAACUUCUAACAUAGCUGGAAUAGAAAAUGGUGUGAAUAAAGAAACAAAGUUUCACAACAA